GCCUCCCGUCAUCGAGUAAACUUUGUCCUCCGCCUUUCCCUCGUCUUUCCCUUCCCUCUAUUCCCCUUCCAUCUAUCUCUCUUCCUUGAGAAAUCAAAAGGCGCUGGUCGUCUUUCUUGCGAACACUCUUCACUACUUUAACUCGGCCUCUGCAUCCAAAGGAGAAGAAUAUUAGAAAGUAGCUGGUCUACUUGUGUCAAAACCAUUGCCUCUCUCACACAAGUACACACUCUGCAAGGGAAAAUGGCGAGACAACCCUGCUGCUGCAUCCCCAACAGGGGCGCGGUGGCCUCCCUGUCGCUGAUCGCGAUCAUCAUUGCCACCCUCUUCCUCGCCGGCACAUUUGUUAUCAUCUCAACUAACGCGAUGAACACGCCGCUUGUGAUUCCUGCCGUGAUCUUUGGAUUCACCAAUCUGCUCCUCUUCGUCGCAUCCUGGGUCGGCUUCUUUGGCGCCAUUCUGCGCAAGCGCAGGGCGGUCGCCUUCUACGCCGUUGUCCUCACCAUCCUCUGGGUCUGCACUUUUAUCAUCGGCCUUUGGAACGUUGUCGUUGUCUUCAAGAACAGAGGAAUGGUCAUCGACAGCUGCGUUGCCAAGUCGUACGCCCAGGCGCAUGGUGGGCCGUUCGACUCUAAGACGUCGAAGGACGAUUGCACGCAUGCGCAUAACAUCCUCGCCUCUGUCAUCGUCAGUGUCUGGGUCGUCUACCAGCUGCUGGACCUCUGGUUCAUCACGGUGGUCUAUGCGCUCCGCCGUGACCUGAUCGAGAAGGACAUGCAGGAGAAGCGCUUCCUCGAGCAGUCGUACGUCGUCAACUCAGGCGCUGCUGCGUACCGCCCCGGCUCAUCCUCGCGCACCAGCGAAGAGUCCAAGAUGUCCGCCCGCUCCGGCCAAGCUGUCUCAGUCCCCUACCGCCCAACCGGUGGCCGUCAGCCAAUGGGCCCUUACGUGAGUGCCGCGCACCCUGCCGGUGUCCCUGCUGCAUCUGCUGCCGACACAUCCGAAAAAAAGACGACUGACGCAAGGGACAUCGGCAGCGCGCCUGAUUCUAUCAGCACAACGAAAACGUCGGGCCAGGCGAAGCGCAUGUCCAUGGGCCGCACCAUCAAUAUCACCAUUGAGCAAGACACAGACUGGCAACACGAGCCGACACCCACAUCCCAUUACCAGGACGCGCCGCUUUCGGCGCAGCCUGGCAGCAUCUUCCAGAGCAGGUACGACCAGCGGUACGGUUGAGAGUACGAACAGCAUACAUGUCGAUUAGGAGGGAGCAAGCGAGCAGUCUCAUGCACGUCGUUAGCGAACAGACAAAUACACAAUCAAAACCGACCGGCUCUCCACUUUCUUUUGCAAACGCUCCUGUAGAUGGAAUGGAAAUCUCGGCAACGAGAAAAAGAAAGCUCAGUAUUGAAAGGAAGGCAAUAGAGCAAGGGGGUCGCGGAUGUAGACUAGUUUUUCCCCUCAUCGACGCAAAUAAACCCAGGGCCACAGUCCCCAUGUUUCUAAC